UGCAGCGCACUCUUAAGCACUGGGGCAACAGCAAACCUAGCAGAGAGGAGACGAGAGAAUCGUUUAACCAUGGCGACUGCUCAAAGGGUAUUGUCGACGAAGGAGUCCGACAUACGGAUGAUGUUGGCCUCCGAAGUUCACCUCGGAACCAAGAACUGCGAUUUUCAGAUGGAGCGCUACGUCUUCAAGCGCCGCAAUGAUGGAAUUUACAUCAUCAACCUUGGGAAAACAUGGGAAAAGCUUCAGAUGGCUGCUAGGGUUAUUGUUGCUAUUGAGAAUCCCCAGGACAUAAUUGUCCAGUCUGCCAGACCCUAUGGUCAAAGAGCUGUCCUGAAGUUUGCGCAGUACACUGGCGCUCAUGCGAUUGCAGGACGUCACACCCCUGGAACAUUCACCAAUCAGCUUCAGACUUCUUUCAGUGAGCCAAGACUGCUCAUUCUUACUGACCCGAGAACUGAUCACCAGCCUAUUAAAGAAGCCGCUCUGUCUAACAUCCCCACCAUUGCCUUUUGCGAUACUGAUUCUCCAAUGCGCUAUGUUGAUAUUGGCAUUCCAGCCAAUAACAAGGGGAAGCACAGCAUUGGCUGCCUGUUCUGGCUCUUGGCUAGGAUGGUGCUGCAGAUGCGUGGAGUCAUUGCUCCUGGACACAAAUGGGAUGUCAUGGUUGAUCUAUUUUUCUACAGGGAGCCUGAGGAGUCCAAAGAACAACAAGAAGAAGAAGUUCCAGCUCUCCCGGACUAUGCCGAUUAUUCUGCUGCUGCAAUUGGUGCUGAUUGGUCGAGUGGUCAAAUCCCAGAUGCCCAAUGGACUCCUGAUAUGGCUGCUCCAAUUCCAGCGGUUGCAAGUGGUUGGACUGCUGAUGCAGGUGUAGCUGUAGCCGCUGAUGGGUGGGAUACAGCUGCUGCUCCGCCGAUGGCAACUCCUGCUGUAGAUGUAGCACCUGCUGUUGCUCCAAGUGGCUGGGAGUAAAUGAGAUUUGUUCAAACCUUUUACUUCUGAUGAUCCACUCCCUAAAACUUUGUUCUUGAAAUUCAUCUGCUUUUUUGGUUGGCAAUGUUGAAUUUUUGUAGUAGAGUUUUGUAGUGCUUUGGCUAAGAUCUGAGUUCCAACGUUAAUUUAAAUAGAGUUUUUGUCGCCUAAAACUUGCUCUGCGGAUAUGGUAGUUUUGCUGAAUACUUCUGAUUUAGUGGUUCAAUUGAUAUAUAGAAUGAAUCUGAUGAGUUGUGAAACUUUCUGCCCCUCCAUCUCGUGUUGAUCUCAGAAAACAUGCAAAGUUAAUGGCAGAAGUGUUGGUGUAA